AUGACCUACAUCAAUAAACCUGAUCUGGAGACACAACCCACGGGGGAGAGCCGGCCCCAGGCAGACCCCCGGGGGAGAGCCAGCCCCAGGCAGACCCCCGGGGGAGAGCCGACCCCAGGCAGACCCCCGGGGGAGAGCCAGCCCCAGGCAGACCCCCGGGGGAGAGCCGACCCCAGGCAGACCCCCGGGGGAGAGCCAGCCCCAGGCAGACCCCCGGGGGAGAGCCGACCCCAGGCAGACCCCCGGGGGAGAGCCGGCCCCAGGCAGACCCCCGGGGGAGAGCCGACCCCAGGCAGACCCCCGGGGGAGAGCCAGCCCCAGGCAGACCCCCGGGGGAGAGCCGACCCCAGGCAGACCCCCGGGGGAGAGCCGGCCCCAGGCAGACCCCCGGGGGAGAGCCGGCCCCAGGCAGACCCAUAG